AUGCAUGAUGAGGUGUUUCUUCAUGCGAAAGGUGGACUACAAAAUGUGGCUGGGUUAAACAAGGAUGAAGGAUGCCUUUAUGCAACGGUUGACCUAGAAAAAGCUCGAGUGGGCCGAACCCGGAUGCUGGAACACGACUCAAACCCACGAUGGUACGAGUCAUUCCACAUCUACUGUGGCCACAUGGCUUCCAAUGUCAUCUUUACGGUCAAAGAAGAUGACCCAAUAAGCGCAACUUUAAUUGGCCGUGCUUACAUCCCAGUUAUCAAAGUCCUUAAGGAAGAUGUAAUUGAUGAAUGGCUCGAAAUUUUGGAUGAGGAUGGCAAAACGAUCCGUGGGGAUUCGAAAAUCCACGUAAAGGUACAAUUCUUUCCAGUCGAACGGGAAUACCAAUGGUCUCGAGGGAUACAAAGCGUAAAAUUCCCUGGGGUACCCUUCACGUACUUUCCACAAAGAAACGGAUGUAGGGUUACACUUUAUCAAGAUGCGCACUUACCCGAUAAUUUUACCCCAAAAAUACCAUUAAGCGGAGACAAGUACUACGAACCACAUCGAUGUUGGGAGGACAUUUUUGAUGCGAUUACGAAUGCGAAACACUUGAUUUAUAUAGCGGGGUGGUCCGUUUACACGGAAAUCACUUUAAUUAGGGAUUUAAGAAGGCCGAGGCCCGACAUGGAUAUGACACUUGGUGAAUUGCUAAAGAAAAAGGCGAGUGAGGGUGUUCGGGUGUUGAUGCUUGUUUGGGAUGACCGAACUUCUGAAGGGCUGAUUGAAAAUGGGCUCAUGGCAACCCACGACGAGGACACAGGGAAAUACUUUAGUGACUCGGAAGUAAAUUGUGUAUUGUGUCCUCGUAACCCGGAUGAUGGACAUAGUCUUGUUGAAAACAUCGAGAUUUCCUUGAUAUUCACUCAUCAUCAAAAGAUUGUGGUUGUCGAUGCUCCAUUACCUAAUAACCAUGAGAAGAGGCGCAUAGUGAGUUUUAUAGGCGGAAUCGAUCUCUGCGAUGGACGGUACGAUACACCAUUCCAUUCCCUUUUCCGAACACUUGAUUCCGCCCACCAUGAUGAUUUCCACCAACCUAAUUUCCCUAAUGCAUCAGUGGAGAAAGGUGGACCUCGGGAACCCUGGCAUGACAUCCAUUGCAAGCUUGAAGGUCCAAUCGCGUGGGAUGUGUUAUUUAAUUUUGAGCAGCGGUGGCUCAAGCAAGGAGGAGAGGAUUUACUGAACGAUGUAAAUGAUCUUAGUCAAGUCAUAAUCCCUCCGUCGCCUGUCUUGUUACCAGAUGACCAGGAGAGAUGGAACGUUCAGUUGUUCCGGUCAAUUGAUGGUGGUGCUGCCUUUGGGUUCCCUGAUAAACCCGAGGAUGCAGCACGUGUUGGGUUGAUAAGCGGAAAAGAUAGCAUUAUUGACAGGAGCAUUCAAGACGCGUACAUCAAUGCCAUCCGCCGAGCAAAAAACUUCAUCUACAUGGAAAACCAGUACUUUCUAGGAAGCUCAUUCGACUGGAACUCAAAGGACAUUAAAGAUGAAGACAUCAACGCCUUACAUCUAAUCCCGAAAGAACUGUCACGUAAAAUCGUGAGCAAAAUCGAAGCUGGAGAGGACUUCCGGGUGUACGUAGUCCUGCCAAUGUGGCCGGAGGGUGAGCCAGAGAGUGCAUCGGUGCAAGCCAUACUAGGCUGGCAAAGAAGAACGAUGCAGUUGAUGUAUAGUGAUAUCGUGCUGGCUCUGAAAGUGAAACACAUCGUGGCAAACCCCAGGGAUUAUUUGACAUUCUUUUGCCUCGGCAACCGGGAAAUCAAGAAACCUGGCGAAUAUAUACCGCCGGAGAAGCCUGACAAGGAUAGUAAUUACCAGCGAGCUCAAGAAGCACGACGGUACAUGAUCUACGUACAUGCCAAGAUGAUGAUCGUUGAUGACGAGUACAUAAUCGUCGGAUCAGCGAAUAUCAACCAGAGAUCGCUGGACGGAGCUCGAGAUACUGAGAUAGCAAUGGGGGCGUUUCAGCCGUGUCAUCUAUCAAAAAGACAGCCGGCGAGGGGUCAGAUUCAUGGGUUUAGGAUGUCGUUGUGGUACGAGCAUAUGGGGCUUCUUGACGACUCUUUUUCAUAUCCGGAGCGCUUGGAUUGCAUCCGAAAGGUGAACCAGAUAUCGGUGAAGUACUGGGAUCUUUUUAGUUCUGAGACGUUCGACCAUGAUCUGCCGGGGCACCUACUAAGUUACCCUAUCCGAGUUAUGGACGAGGGAGAGGUGACGGAGCUGCCGGGGUUUGAGUACUUCCCGGACACGAAUGCUAGGGUUCUGGGUACCUAUGUGGGUUACUUGCCUCCGAUUCUAACUACUUGAGAAAAAUGGGGUAUAGGACUGGGGUGUUGUUGCGAAUGGUGUAUAAGAAAGAGACUAAAAUACCCUUUCCUGAAAUGGUUCAUUAAACAUAUAAAGUGCGACGAUUGCCAUGUGUCUAUUCCUGUUUAUGGUUUGUUUUUUCUUUGUAAUUUUUACUUUUCAUGUUUUAAGUUAUUACGAGUGUGAUGAGUUCCAAUUAUUGUUUUAUGUAAUAAUAUGUAUGUUUGAAAUUGAAAUAAAACAAUUAAUGAAUAUGAGUUUGAGUUUGAGUUUAAA